AUGGGAGGAACAUUUCAGAACCAAAUAAUAGAUGAUUUAACUUCGUUAAUUGCUGCAAACGAAGAACGCUAUCCUAAUCAGUUUCCAUAUAUAGAUCAGUGGGGAGAUGCUGUUGCAGGACAGGCUGAUGAAUUAUUACAGUGUCAAGCUGAAAUGGUUCGCCUGUGUGUGGUGAGACCGAAGGAAAAGGGGAAGUUGAGGUCAGCUCCCAGACGUACCAUAAAAAUAGCAGCUUCAGAGACAAAAGAGUCAGAGAAGAAAAGGAUUUUUGCCCAGGAUGAAGAGGAACUCUUCAGGCCUCCCCCUCCCUAUGCCUCAGCACCUGUAGGCAUUGUUGUGCCCCAGGCUAUGGGUGCUGCUGCUGUAGCGGACAGUGGAGAUAAGGACAGUGCUGUGGGAACAGGGGAUCCCCAAGCAACAGGAGGGGCAGUGAGGAGAAAAGAGCCCAAGGAGGGUGGUUUAGGGGCUACGGGAAUUAGGAGAGAAGGGCCAGUAACUAGACGAUUGGGGGUGGAAAGGGCGAAAGCCGAGAAAGAGGAAAGUACGUUGUUAGAAGAAAAGGAAGGACUCUUUCCAUUAAGAGUAUCGGAACAACAGGUGGGAGUGGAUGCCCAGGGGGAUCCUGAAUACCGCCCUUGUUUUCAAUAUAUCCCCUUUUCAACUACGGAUUUAUUGAAUUGGCGGAAGCAUUUUGGUCUGCUGUCCGUGAAGCCCACGGAAAUGACGGAUUUGUUUCAAACCAUUAUGCAUAGUCAUAACCCCAAUUGGCGAGAUAUACAACAGCUGUUAACAACGUUGCUAACAGCAGAGGAGAGAGAGAAAUGUAAAGCAGGAAUGCGAGAGGUUUUUAGAGAACGAUACCAUACAGAAGCAGAUAGGGCUCAGAAACUUUUGGAAGAGGCACUGGAACGGGAUCCUGGAUGGGAUCCCAAAGUAGCCGGUGACCUGGCAAAGAUACAAACGUAUCAAACCUUGAUAGUGGCAGCUCUCAAGAAAGCAGGGAAGCCCCCUGUGAAUUUGUCUAAGCCCUCGUUGGUUAUGCAGGGAGCGGAUGAGAGUCCAGAGGCAUUCCUUCAGAGGUUGAUUGAGGCUUAUGAGUUGUACACUCAAAUGGACCCGAGGGCUCCAGAGAAUGUAAGGAUGUUGAAUGAAAGAUUUAUUGCGCAAAGUGCAUUGGACAUUCGUAAGAAAUUGCAAAGGUUAGAGGGAGCAUUGGGAAAGAACACCACUGAAUUGGUGGAGGUGGCUAGAAAAGUGUAUGUUAAUAGAGAUAAGACUCCCCCCGAGCCAAUGGUUACUCUGAAUAUUGGGGGUCAACAGACUACCUUUUUAGUAGACACAGGGGCUGGACGAUCGGUGAUAAAUAACCCAAUAACUACCCCUGGUCCAUACCAAAUUCAAGUACAAGGAGUGUCUGGACAAGUUGUAGGACGUCAAGUCUUAAAACCAGUCACCUGUACUUUUAAGGGGUCCGAAAUUCAACAUGAGUUCCUGUAUAUACCUGAAUGUCCUGUCCCAUUGUUAGGAAGGGAUUUGUUGAGCAAGCUGGGAGCUACUAUUUCCUUUGAUGAGGGAAAGCAGUAUCUCACUGUUAGUCACCGGCCGGAUGAAAUGUGGAGGUUGAUGGUGGUUAGGACUUCUGAGGAAGAAUGUUUGGACGUAUGGAGGGAAUUUGAUGUACCAGGACUAUGGGCUGAGGAUAACCCUCCGGGGUUUGCAGCACAUCACCCCCCUAUUAUUGUGGAAUUGAAGCCCCUGGCAACUCCUGUUCACAUUGGGCAGCAACGACCCUAUUGGAGGGAAGCCAUCCUAUCUAUAUACGACUGUAUUCUAACAUACUUAGAUGCUGGAGUGUUGGUCCCUAUUCAAUCCCCAUGGAACACCCCAAUUCUGCCUAUCCUAAAACCAGACGGGUCUUUCAGACCAGUGCAAGAUUUGCGCGUGGUUAAUGAUAGGACAGUCACAAUUCACCCGUCUGUAUCUAAUCCAUAUACUCUACUCAGUCUCAUCCCACCUAAUGCUACAUGGUUUUCAGUGAUUGAUUUAAAAGAUGCCUUCUUUACUAUCCCCAUCCAUCCUGUUAGCCAGCCAUUGUUUGCUUUUGAAUGGGAAAAUCCGUAUACUGGAACCAGGAGCCAAUAUACCUGGACAAGGUUACCUCAGGGGUUCAAAAAUUCCCCAACUCUCUUCGGAACCGCGUUGGCCAAGGAUUUACAAUAUUUUAUCCCCUUCCAACAAGGAGAUUCGGUUUUACAAUAUGUGGAUGAUGUGCUGGUUACUGGACAGUCACGGGACGGUUGUUGGGAGAAUACGAGACGUAUGUUGUGUUUGUUGUUAGAUUGUGGAUAUCGGGCGUCCAGAAGUAAGGCUCAGUUAGUCCAACAAAAAGUCCGUUAUUUAGGCUAUGAUAUAAUGCAAGGGCAAAGAGCACUAGGCCCGGAGAGAAAGCAAGCGUUGCUUAAUCUGGCAAGGCCAACCGAUAGGAGACAAUUGAGAGGCUUUCUAGGCUUGGCAGGUUUUUGUAGAAUUUGGAUUCCAAAUUACGCACUAAUGGCAGCUCCACUGUAUUCGUCUACCAAGGGAAGUAAAACAGACCCCUUUAUUUGGACAAAGGAGCAGGAUCAAGCCUUUGAUGCAAUUAAAGAAGCUCUGUUAAGAGCUCCGGCCUUGGCCCUGCCAAAUCUGAGUAAGCCCUUCAAUUUGUAUGUGGAUACGCGUAAGAAUGUUGCUUUAGGAGUAUUGACUCAGCAGCUCGGCCAGUGGCAACAACCGGUUGCAUAUCUGUCAAAACAGCUAGAUGCUGUGGCGCAAGGGUGGCCGCAUUGUUUGAAAGCUUUAGCUGCCAUUGCGGAAUUGCUGCAAGAUUGUAAUAAACUCACUUUUUCCUGUCCAAUUAGGGUCCACACCCCACACUCUGUUCAAGCAAUUCUUGAUCAGAAGGGCCAUUUGUGGAUUAGUAACCAACGAAUCAUCAAAUACCAAGCCAUGAUGAUUGAAAACCCCCAGGUUCAUCUAGUGGUUUCUACCUCAUUAAAUCCUGCUACUCUCUUGCCUACGGAAACAGAGGUGGAGCAUGAUUGUGUACAAGUGUUGGAAACCGUUUAUUCCACACGACCCGAUUUAACUGACAUACCUUUGCCUCAGGUGGAUUAUAACUGGUAUACCGAUGGGUCUAGUUAUAUACACCAAGGGAUGAGAGUUGCAGGCUAUGCCAUUGUUGAUGAUGAGGGGGUAAUUGAAAGCGGACCGUUGGGAGCAGGAAAAAGUGCACAAGUGGCAGAAUUGUGGGCCCUCAUUCGGGCAUUGGAACGAGCUGAAGGUGAACGCUUGAAUGUAUGGACAGAUAGUAAAUACGCCUUUUUGACUUUGCAUGCUCAUGGGGCGGUGUACAAGGAAAGGGGCUUUAGGGAUUCAGCUGGCAAAUAUAUACAACAUAGCCAUUUAAUUCAGAGAUUGAUAGAUGCGGUUCAAAAACCAAAAAAGGAGGCAGUUAUGCAUUGUAGAGGUCAUCAACGGGGUGAUGAUAGAAUUGUUGUAGGGAACAGGACAGCAGACGCUGAAGCACGAGCUGCAGCAUUGCGUCAUGAGCCUCUACCAGACAUAUAUAUUAAUGUUGCCUUGGAUUUAGGGGUUAUACCAGUAGACAUCCAACCCUCCUAUUCUUUAUCUGAAUGUGAUAAGGCAGUCAACGAUUUGAUGGCGGUCAUCGAUAAGGGCUGGUAUGUUCUUCCGGAUGGAAGAAUAUAUGUGCCUUCUACAGUGGCAUGGCAAUUGGUUCGUUCCACUCAUGAAACCACCCAUAUGGGGAAAACAGCUUUGGAAUCCGCCCUUAUGAGGGAUUACUAUAUAGAUGGGUUAGCAGGGAUGGCGGUAAAAGUCGCAUCUUCCUGUGAAACGUGUGCUAAAGUUAAUCCUAGGCAAGGUCCUUCCCUUCCACCAGGAACUAUACCUAUUGCCUACUAUCCUAUGGACACAGUCAUGAUUGACUUUACUGAUAUGCCACGAAGUGGGUUUUAUCGGGCUAUGUUAGUUAUUGUGGAUUUAUACACGGGAUGGCCAGAGGCGUUCCCUACUAGAACGAAAAAGGCUCAGGAAGUAGCAAAGGUUUUACUUAAGGAGAUCAUUCCUCGAUUUGGCAACCCCUCCUGAUCCCCUCCUGAUCCACAGUUCUACAGGCCAUGUUUAAUAUCAAAUACUCUGAUUGAAGCUUAGGUUUUGCACCAUUAAGCAGAAAACAAUUGCUGACAGUUGCUGAAGGAGCAAUAUAUAUUUUUACACAUCUGGGAACGAGUCGACCCAGACAGGGAGUUUCCUGUCAUCUUGCAAGAUGUGUCCUGUUUAUGACACCCAUGAUCUAUAAGGUGCUGACCAUGUAUAUUUUAACUGUUGGCCAUCUGGCAUAGACAGUUUUUGG